CCCACCCCGAGCGCGCCGGCCGGAGCUGCGGCCGCACGGGCGGGAGCCGAGUCCUACAGAGACACAGCCCUCUGAAAUUCAUGAACCAACAUGCUUGGCAGAAGACCUAAAAAGAGCCCUCAGGCAAAGGGCCAGGGAGCUGCAGUUGCAAAGCAGCUGGGGCUGUUUGUGGAUUUCAAUCCUGAAGAGAUGCUGCUGGCUGCAGAGGAAGGUGAGGAUGAUGGGGACCUUGAGGCAGAGCUUGCUGCUAUCACAGGAGGAAAAGUGAAAGAAGGAAAACCAAAACCAAAGGUGAAAACUCCUCUGCCCAUGGAUCAUAUUGAAAAGAUGGCUGCAGAGUGUAUGAAGGACCUGAAUGAAGAGGAAGAUGCAGAUGAUGAGGACUUGGAGAAAGAUACAGACCUUCUGGCAGAGUUACAAGAAGUUCUGGGGGAAGAAGGUGAGGCAGAAAGCUGUGAGGAUGAAAUGACAGCAACAGAGCCAUCCCCAGCUGAAGCAGAAGCUGAGCUACCUGAACUGCAGUCACAGACCUCCUCACUUCCUGCUGUUAGCAGUGAGCUGCAGCAGACGCUGCAGGGCAGGAUUGCUGACUACAGGACGGCCAUUUCCAACGCGCGGGACUCGGGGGAGAGCGCCAAAGUGCGGCGCUACGAGAGGGGCCUCAAGACACUGGAAACCAUGCUGGCUGCAGUGAAGAAAGGCAAAAAAAUCAAUGAGGAAGAAAUGCCACCUCCUGUUGCCACAGGAAAGAGUUCUUGUGUACCUCAAGCCAUGAGAGUUGAGCUAGAGAAUUCAGGAGACUCACCAGAGAAUAAAGCUGACUCUGCUGCAGAUGAUGAGCAGAAGGCUUCUCCUGAGGCAAGGGAGCAUUUGGAAUCAGAGUCUCUGCAAGGUCGUGCUGCUGCUGAUCCUGCUGUGGAAACAGAUCCCCAGCACAGCAGCACACGAGCAAUCCUGCUGAUGAGGCAGAAAGAGUAUAAAUUAGCAGCUCUAAAAGCCAAGCAGCAAGGGGACCUGGAGAAGGCAAAGGAAUACAUGAGGGCAGGCAAGAAAUUCAAUGUGGUGUUGGAAGCUUUGGACAGUGGGCAGCCAAUAGACCUCCAGAAUAUGCCUCCAUCUCCUCAGGAUCUUGAAAGCUUAGGACGUGUACAAGAUGCAUCCAAGCAAAAAGUACCACCUCGGGUGGGAAGUUCCCAGGAUCUUGCAACACCUGAACCUCAGACCCAAGAAGCUUCAGAGUCCCUGCAGCAGCCCAGGACGGUGCUGGAGGCGCUGCAGCAGCGGCUGGAGCGGUACAGGGCAGCAGCAGCCCAGGCCAGGGCCAGCGGGGACGAUCGCAAGGGCAGGAUGCACGACAGGAUAGCCAAGCAAUACCAAGAUGCCAUAAGAGCCCAUAAGGCAGGGAGAAAAGUGAAUUUUGCUGAGCUACCUGUUCCUCCUGGAUUUCCCCCUCUUCCUGGUGUUGCAGCAACAGAUGGUGGCAGCACAAUCGCUGCUGUCCUGGAGACUGCCAGCAAGCUGGCAAACAUGGAGGAGAAUGAUGAAGAGGAGGAGAGUGAGCCUCUUCCCCAGGCCCCAGUUGCCAAGAAGCCAACUCAGGUUGUUAGGCCAACUCCAGUUCCACCUGCUGCAGCUCAGGAGAGCUCUCCUGAGCACCUGAAACGAGCUGCAUCCCCCUCCUCCCUGGACAAGGCAGAGUCAAUGGAUCAUCUCCCUCCAGCUGUUAGGGAGCAGCUGGAAUUUCUGGAGAACAGGAAGAAGCAAUACCUGAAGGCAGCCAUCAAAGCAAAGAGGGAAAACAACCUCGAACAGGCAAAGACAUAUCUCAGAACAGCCAAGGGCCUUGACCUAAAGAUUGAGCAGGCAAAAUCUGGCAAAACUGUUGAUAUUUCCAAGCUGCCAUCACCUCCUACAGAUGAUGAGGGUGAUUUUAUCUUUGUACACCAUGAAGAUGUCAGGCUGUCUCAGAAAGCAGAUGAAGUUUAUGCUCAGCUUGUAAAAUUGCUGAAGGACCAACAUGAGAGGUGUGUGCAGUACUCCAAGCAAUUCAUGCAUCUGGGAAACGUAGCAGAAACAACUCGCUUUGAGAAACUGGCACAAGGUUGUAAAAAGGAUAUGGAGAUCCUACAGCUUGCACGAGCACAAGGAAUGGAUCCUCCAAGCCAUCACUUUGAGGAAAGAACCUUUAAAAUGAUAAGGAUAUUUUCUGAUCUCAACAGCACAGAAAUGCACCUUCUUAUUGUCAGGGGGAUGAACCUACCAGCCCCACCAGGUGUGUCACCAAGAGAUUUGGAUGCGUUUGUGAAGUUUGAAUUUCAGUACCCGAGUGCGGAACAACCUCAAAAGAGUAAAACACCUGUAAUUAACAACAACAAUUGUCCAGAGUACAACCAGCUGUUCAAGCUGAACAUCAACCGCAACCACCGCGGCUUCCGACGCGCGGUUCGCUCCAAAGGAAUCAAAUUUGAAGUGUUCCACAAAGGAUCCUUCUUCAGAAGUGACAAACAUGUGGGGACAGCACACUUGAAGCUGGACAAGCUGGAAUCAGAAUGUGAAGUUAGAGAGAUCAUCGAGAUUUUUGAUGGCAGAAAGCCCACUGGAGGGAAACUGGAGGUAAAAGUGAGACUCAGGGAGCCCCUCAGUGGUCAAGAUCUUCAAACAGUUACAGAAAAUUGGCUGGUCCUGGAACGUUAGUUCUGUCUGAGAUCCGUGGGAAUGUUGGAAGUCGUGGGCUGAGCGAAGGCAGGAAGAUGCUGCUAAGCUGCAAGCACCAAAGAUGUUAAAUGAAUGCACUACUGAACCUAAUGUCUAUUUUGAUAACAGCCAUAGUGCUUAUUAAUAACUCCAAGGCAAAGGGAGGCUCUGGGAAUGCGCUGCUGCAGGGCUUGGGACCGGUCUGCCCAAAAUAGACAGAAUUGCCUUAAUGUGGGACUACUGCUGUAGCACCAGGAUGAAUGUUACAUUAACUAUGCAGAGUGCUGUGGAAAGGUUUAGCCCUUUAAAAAUUCCCUCAGGCAGUGCCAGAGCUCUUUGGUUAAGUCACAGGUAAGACCUUCACCAGAACUCCUGUUCCCAAGUGUCUGAGCAGCUGGCGUGGUUCAGUGAACAGUCUGCUACUGCUUUGUCUGUCCUCUCCUGUCCAGGCCUAUUUGGGUUGGGGUCUGUUUUUGUUUCCUAAGUCAGAGGAGAGCUCUCAGGCAGCAGUUCAGGGGUGCCAGCCCCUCCUCUGUGCACACCCUUGGCACGAGAGGCUCCAAGGGCUGUCCCUUUCUGCAGGAAAGGCCCCAGGGCUCCCCAGCAGGUUGGUGUUUACAGACCUCUGGUUUUGUUCUGGCUCCCAGUUUUGUGUGCUGUGCUUGCUGCACUGCUUGUCCAGCGCAGAAAGGUACUGUGCCUUCAUCCUUUAUGGUGUUGGGGUUUUCAUUUAAAGAAGAAGAAAGUACAUAAGACUCUGCUGCUUCCCAAAUGUUCCUUGUAUUUUUACAAAAAUAGGCUUUUACAAUUCUUCCAGGUGACGGGGAAAAUAGUCUCAUUUUGUCCUUUAAGAAAACUGGAUCGUGAUGCAUUUUCAGGAAUGCUUUUUGAUCAGCAGCAUCCCACCAAGGGUACUAAAUCUGUUUGUGUUUUUAAAUCUCUGUGAGCUAACAGAAACCAGGGAUCUCCAAGGGGAGGAUGUGCCUGUGCCAGGGAUGGGCAGGCUGGGAGACAGAACAGACUCCAGACAGGUCAGGCAGCUCUGCCUCUGUCUUCCUGAGCAGAUGAAGACAAUACAGUGUUUAGUUUUUAAUUUCAAUAAAUUUAAUAUACAAAACUACAUGUUGAAAAUAAAAAUAUAAUAUGCAGUUUUUUGCAGUGUUAACUAACUGAAUUUUAAAAGUACAAUUUUUUUCUAAACAAGUACUCAUUUCUUAACAACAUGGUAAUUAAGGUCAUUUCAAAGGCUAUGGUUGAAGCAGACAUGUCAGUCACCAGUUGAUAGUGUUUUGCACAAACAGAAUCCAAACCUAAAAGACUUCUGGGGCAAAAGAAGAAAAGAUAAACAUUUUUCACCUCUUUUACUGCGUUAUUAAGCAGAACAAUGCAACUAAAGUAACUGGAAAGCUGCUGCUGUGGCAAAGCUGGAGUGCAGGCUCUAGGAGGAAGAUUAUCACCAAGUUUCUGGAAUGCUCUUCCAGCUGUGGAACCGUGCCUACACCGUGUCGUGCUCAGCUGUGUCCCAGAGUGUGCAGAGCCAGGGUGCAGAGGGGAUCAGGUGGCCUCAGUCCAGCUGGGCUGCUCAGGCAGGAGCAGGGGCUGGGUCACAGCUCCUGCUUUGGCCAGCAGGAGCCACUGCAUGAGCUGCAUUGUCACCCAGCCUGUCCCAAAUGCCAGAG